CACUGCCAUCGAAUAUCUCUCUCCUCUGUAUUAAUUGCAUAUUAAUUACUAAUGUGACGUGUAUCAUACUGCAAUAAAAGGAUUGUCCCAUUGUAUCUACCAGUAUCGUCAAGAUACGGGAGAUGAUACCCCACAUGCUCUGACAACUCAUAUGUUGUGCUGCUCGCCAUGAUGAGCUUGCCCCAUAAAACCCUUGGGUUGUGAGAUAAUUGGGCUGGAGGUUGGGGGGCUUUUAAAUGGAAGAGCGUCGGAUCACCAAGGCUAAGCGGAGAUGAGCAGGGCGUGCCUAGUCGGUGCGAGCAGUGUGCCUCCGAUCGGUGCGACCGAUCGGGGAGGAGCGAAGCAUAUCCAAUCAAUGGGACCAACCGAAGAGUAGUGGAGUGCGCCCGAAGCACAUCUGAUCGGUGGGACAGACUAGGGAGGGGCGAAGCACAUCCAAUCAGUUGGAUUCAGUGAGACCGAUUAGGGAAAAGCGAAGCACAUCUAAUCGGUGGAACAGGAGGGGUGAAGCGCAUCUGAUCGGUGUGACUGACCGGGGAGAAGCAGAGCACAUCCAAUCGGUAAGUUCGAUCAGGGAGAGGCAAAACAUUCCCGAUUGGUAUGACCGACCGGGGAGGAUCAAAGUGUGCUUGGUCGGAGAAGCGAAACACGCCCGAUUUGCCUUGUGUUGACUCGUCUUAACCUUGACCUCCAUCUAAGCAUGAUGCUUGACCUUUGGGGACAUACGUGGCGGCUUCCAAUACUCACUGUAUCAUCCACCAAAUUAUAAUGUGUGGAAAAUGAUUAAUGUGCUGUUUAACCUGUGGACCUAAGUCAGUUCAACCAAUGAUUUCAGCUGGAUCAAUGAUGGGGUGGACAUGCAGAUCAAUCGACUCACUAGCUCGAUCACUGAACCAAUGAUUUGGAGCUUGUCACAUUUUACAACUAAUUUAGCCAUUUUGAGGAUGAAAAGGCAAAUGAUGAUAAGUGGCUUCCUAAAACCUUAGUUGGGAAAGGUUUAACUAGGCAGAGCUCAGGCAACACGAGGAGGGAUGUGGUAGAAGGCAGCUGAGAAGUUAAUCAGGUGAAGAAACACAUUGAACAAGGACAAGGACAUGAGGGUGGAAUCUUUUCAAUUGAAGCUCCCCUUCAUAUUUCCAAUGUCCAGCCAUGUAAGGUCGGGUAUGAAUAUCUGGAAGAUGGAAGCACGGGUCUCUAGAGGGCUUGCUGCAUCUGGAGCUAUAAUUCCUCGCCCUGAAAUACUAAAAGAAAGGAGAAAACCAAGACCUAGCUUUGUGGCAUCUUUAGGAGAUGAUCCAAUUAGUGAAUGGAUUCUGACAGAAGGGAAAGCCACACAAAUUACAAGAAUCAGUCCCAUUGGUGGAGGCUGCAUAAAUCAAGCAAACCGUUAUGUAACUGAUUCUGGUUCCUUCUUUGUGAAGACAAACAGAACAAUUGGACCAUCAAUGUUUGAAGGAGAGGCUCUUGGUUUAAAUGCAAUGUAUGCCACUCAAUCAAUUCGAGUUCCCAAGCCAUAUAAGGUGGGACCUUUACCAACAGGAGGUUCCUAUAUAAUCAUGGAAUUUAUUGAAUUUGGAUCUUCCAGAGGGAAUCAGUCAGUUUUAGGAAGAAAGCUUGCAGAAAUGCAUAAAACUGCCAAGUCUAGCAAGGGCUUUGGUUUCAAUGUCGACAACACUAUUGGCAGCACUCCCCAGAUAAAUAAUUGGUGUUCAGAUUGGCUUGAGUUCUUUGCUGACUAUAGAUUGGGUUACCAACUAAAGUUAGCACUUGACCAGUAUAGGGACUCGACGAUAUAUGAAAAAGGCCAGAAAUUAGCUAAGAAUCUCCAACCACUUUUCGAAGGAGUUGUCAUUGAGCCAUGCUUACUUCAUGGCGACCUAUGGAGUGGCAAUAUCAGCACUGAUAGUAAUGGUGAUCCUGUGAUAUUGGAUCCAGCUUGUUACUAUGGUCAUAAUGAGGCAGAAUUUGGGAUGUCAUGGUGUGCUGGAUUUGGAGGAUCCUUUUAUUCUUCAUACUUUGAGGUGAUGCCAAAACAGCCAGGCUUUGAGAGGAGGAGGGAUCUGUAUAUGCUCUACCAUUAUCUGAAUCACUACAAUCUAUUUGGUUCAGGCUACAGGUCUUCUGCCCUGUCUAUCAUAGAGGACUACUUAAGGAUGUUGAAGGUGUAAAUCCUACAAUUCAACAGUGUCCAGGGUUGGAAUUCAAGUUGUACAACUUAAUUUUCAAAUUGUCCUACGGUUUACAAAUUAGUUUUUUUGAUAUACAUAUUAAUCUCGUUACAUAUAGCACAGUCCACAGUGAGAAUUCU